GAGGAGUCAGCGUGGUGGGGAAGCUGCCCUGUGGGUGGGGGCAAGGAGGCCAGGGCUCCGGUUGGUCGGUUGGCUCCGGCUCCGGUCAGCCUGGCAGGAAGGAGGGGUGGCCCAACCCCUUGGCAGCCCCUCCCCUCAGCCUUCUCCCACAUUACUUCCCUGGGGCUCCGGCCCCCUCUCCUGCUCAGCUCCGGCUCCUCAGCUGCCGAGGCCUCUGGACAAGGGACUGCACCAUCCUCCUUUCCCAGCAAGGGGGCUCCAGAGACUGCCCCAGCCAGGAAGUCUGGCGGCCUAGGCAUUCGGACAGUCCCUUGGUAAUGUCCAGGGCUCCGGGAAGAGAUGUCCUUGUGGCUGGAGGCCCCUGUGCCUGAUGUUUCUCGUGACUCUGCAGUGGAGCUGUGGGAACCAGAUGCCCAAGAUGCAAGUGGCCAGGCGCUGGGAGGCAGCAACUGCAUCCUCAGGGAGGAAGCCAGCACGCCCCAGUCUUCUGGGGGCACUUCGGGGGUGGGGUUGGAGGCAGCAGAGCCCACAGCCCUGCUCCCGGGGGUGGAGGCCCCUCCAGAGUCCACAGAGCCACGUCCACAAAAGCGGAAAAAGGGGCCGGCCCCCAAAAUGCUGGGGAACGAGCUGUGCAGUGUGUGUGGGGACAAGGCCUCCGGCUUCCACUACAACGUGCUGAGCUGUGAGGGCUGCAAGGGGUUCUUCCGCCGCAGUGUCAUCAAAGGGGCACGCUACAUCUGCCACAGCGGGGGCCACUGCCCCAUGGACACCUACAUGCGUCGCAAAUGCCAGGAGUGUCGCCUUCGCAAAUGCCGCCAGGCCGGCAUGCGGGAGGAGUGUGUCCUGUCAGAAGAACAGAUCCGCCUGAAGAAGCUGAAGCGGCAAGAGGAGGAACAGUCUCAGGCCACAUCUGUGCCCCCAAGGGUGCCCUCGGAUCCCCAAGUCCUACCCCAGCUCAGCCCAGAGCAACUGGGCAUGAUUGAGAAGCUGGUGGCUGCCCAGCAACAGUGUAACAGACGUUCCUUUUCUGACCAGCUUCGAGUCACGCCCUGGCCCAUGGCACCAGAUCCCCAGAGCCGGGAGGCCCGGCAGCAGCGCUUUGCCCACUUCACCGAGCUGGCCAUCGUCUCCGUGCAGGAGAUCGUCGAUUUCGCCAAGCAGCUGCCCGGCUUCCUGCAGCUCAGCCGGGAGGACCAGAUCGCCCUGCUGAAGACCUCUGCGAUCGAGGUCAUGCUUCUGGAGACAUCUCGGAGGUACAACCCUGGGAGUGAGAGUAUCACCUUCCUCAAGGAUUUCAGUUACAACCGGGAAGACUUCGCUAAAGCAGGGCUGCAGGUGGAGUUCAUCAACCCCAUCUUUGAGUUCUCCAGAGCCAUGAAUGAGCUGCAACUCAAUGAUGCUGAGUUUGCUCUGCUCAUUGCCAUCAGCAUCUUCUCUGCAGACCGGCCCAACGUGCAGGACCAGCUCCAGGUAGAGAGGCUGCAACACACAUAUGUGGAGGCCCUGCAUGCUUACGUCUCCAUCCACCACCCCCAUGACCGACUGAUGUUCCCACGGAUGCUGAUGAAACUGGUGAGCCUCCGGACACUGAGCAGCGUCCACUCAGAGCAAGUGUUCGCACUGCGCCUGCAGGACAAAAAGCUUCCGCCGCUGCUCUCUGAGAUCUGGGAUGUGCACGAAUGACUGUUCUUUCCCCAUAUCUUGUUUCCUGGGCUGGAUGGCUGAGGCCCUGUGGCUGCUUCCUAGAGGUGGAGCCGACUGAGAAGGGCAAACAUUCCUGGGAGCUGGGCAAAGGAGAUCCUUAGGUGGCAUUAAAGGAGAGUCAAAGGGU